AUGGGUAUGUCUACGGUUUCAUCUAUUUUCCCAUCGUUCUGGUCUAUGCAUCAUCUUGGCUUGGAUUUUCUUGAUCCCAUUUUCUUACGUGAGUUGUCCAGUGUUGUGCACAUCUUUUUGUUACUUUCUCUGAUCAUUUCUUGGUUGUCCAAAAAGAUCAUCCUUCAUAGUGAUCAAUCACAAAAGGGCAGUGUUAGAAUUGCAAAGGUCUCGUAUUAUAAAGCAACCCUAUUGGGUUCUAUAUGUUUAGCUGGGUUUAAUCUUGUGAUGUGUGUUUUGAACAACUUUUAUUGGUACCCAAAUGGUUGGUCUGAUGAGAAGCUCAUAACCUUUACUGAUUUGAGCCUAAAGACUGCUUCAUGGCUGGUCGUUUCAGCAUAUUUAUGUACCCGGGUCUCAAAUUCAGGUGAAAAUAAGUAUUCAAUUGUUCUCAGAGUGUGGUGGGUAGUUUUCCUCUGUUUCUCUUGUUAUUGCUUGGUGAUGGACUUCGUAUAUCUCCGAAAGAAUCCAUCUUUAUCGAGUCUCUUUUGGGCCUCUGACAUUGUUUCAACCGCAAUGAGUUUCUUUUUCUGUUUUGUGGGGUUUAUGCGUAAAGAUGGAGGAAAAAAACCAGAUAACAUUCUCCAAGAACCACUCUUGAAUGGUAAUAUUAGUGAUUCCAGGAACCCUUCAGGGGAGGAAAGUGUUACUCCCUUUGCAAAUGCUAGCAUUUUUAGCAUCCUUACCUUUUCUUGGAUGGGCCCUUUGACUUCUCUUGGCCACAAGAAAACGCUGGACCUUCAGGAUGUUCCUCAGCUUGCCGGUCUUGACAGUGUUAGAGGCGCUUUUCCAAUUUUUGAUGAAAAAUUACAGUCUCAGAGGGGAAAUACUAGUAAAGUUACAACGUUAAUGCUGGUGAAGGGAUUGGUUGCCACUGUGCGGAAAGAGAUACUGUUAUCAGGCCUUUUUGCACUUGUUUGCACACUGGCGUCUUAUGUUGGCCCUUACCUCAUUGAAACCUUUGUUCAAUAUCUUAAUGGACAACAAGAUUUUGAUCAUGAAGGGUAUGUGCUGGUUGCUUUUUUCUUUACUGCAAAAUAUGCUGAAUGCCUGUCACAAAGGCAUGGAGGGUUUAGGUCACAACAAGCUGGAUUUAGAGCAAGAGCAGCUUUGGUGGAGAAAAUUUAUAUUAAGGGUUUAACACUAUCAUUUCAAUCCAAGCAAGAGCAAACAAGUGGGGAAAUCAUCAAUCUCAUGGCCGUAGAUGCCGAACGAAUUAGUGAUUUUGGGUGGUAUAUGCAUCAACCUUGGAUCAUCAUCAUACAAAUUGGUCUAGCACUGGCGCUGUUGUAUAAAAAUCUUGGUCUUGCUUCAAUUGUCACAUUUGUUGCCACUGUUAUUGUCAUGUUGCUUAAUCUCCCUAUAGGGAAAUGGCAAGAAAAAUUCCAAGGUGAACUGAUGAAAUCCAAAGAUAGAAGGAUGAAGAUGACAUCUGAAGUUUUAAGGAAUAUGAGAAUCCUAAAGCUGCAAGCCUGGGAAAUGAAAUUCUUGUCUAAAAUCCAGCAACUGAGGAAGACUGAGGAAGGAUGGUUAAGAAAAUAUUUAUAUAGUUGGGCUAUGGCCAGUUUUGUUUUUGCUGCUUCUCCAACUUUUGUGUCAGUAGUCACUUUUGGUGCUUGUUUCCUACUUGGAAUCCCGCUUGAGUCUGGAAAGAUAUUAUCUGCCCUUGCAACUUUCAAAAUACUUCAAGAACCUAUCUACACUCUCCCUGAUACAAUGUCAACUAUCAUUCAGACUAAAGUUUCUCUUGAUCGAAUUGCUUCAUUUCUUUCUCUUCCUGAUCUUCCUCCAGAUGCUGUACAGAAGCUUCCAAUGGGAAGCUCUAGUUUGGCAAUUGAGAUCAUUGAUGGAAAUUUUACCUGGGAGCUUUCCGCUCCUGGACCAUAUCUCAGAGAUAUUAACAUCCGUGUUUCUCAUGGCAUGAAGGUUGCCAUUUGCGGUGCCGUUGGUUCAGGAAAGUCUAGCCUACUGUCAUGUGUAUUAGGAGAGAUGCCGAAAAUAUCAGGGGCAAUUAAGUUGUGCGGGACAAAGGCCUACGUUGCUCAGUCACCAUGGAUACAGAGUGGGAAAAUUGAAGAGAAUAUUUUGUUUGGUAAGGAGAUGGAAAGAGAAAAGUAUGAUCGUGUUCUUGAUGCAUGCUCCCUAAAGAAAGACCUGGAAAUUCUCUCUUUUGGGGAUCAAACAAUUAUAGGUGAGAGGGGAAUUAAUUUGAGUGGUGGGCAGAAGCAAAGAGUUCAGAUUGCUCGUGCACUAUACCAUGAUGCUGAUGUUUAUUUGUUUGAUGAUCCUUUUAGUGCUGUGGAUGCUCAUACUGGAACUCAUCUGUUUAACGAAUGCAUAUUGGGUUUUCUAUCAGCCAAAACUGUAGUUUAUGUCACACAUCAAGUAGAGUUUUUACCAGCAGCCGAUCUCAUUUUAGUUAUGAAAGAUGGAAAAAUUACACAGGCUGGAAAAUAUGAUGACAUUCUAAAGUCAGAAAGUGACAUUAUGGAGCUUGUGGGCGCACAUCAAACAGCUCUAUCAGUGCUUGAUUCUAUUGAAGGAGGGUCAAGAACUAUUACAGAGGAUGCUGAUUCUUUGCAAAGGAUCCAAAAUUUGCUGAAGAAAGAAAAGAAUGAAGGUGAUGAAUAUGCCAAAACAGGUGAUAUUGUUGAACCCAAAGGGCAGCUCGUUGAAGAAGAAGAAAGAGAGAAAGGUAAGGUUGGAUUUCCAGUUUACUGGAAAUAUAUGACCACUGCUUAUGGUGGGGCUCUUGUGCCGGUGGUACUGUUCUCACUAAUUCUGUUUCAAGUAUUUCAAAUUGGAAGCAAUUACUGGAUGGCUUGGGCUACCCCUCUAUCACCGGAUGAUGCACCUCAAGUGACUGGCUCCACUCUCAUCAUUGUUUAUGCUAGUUUGGCGAUUGCUUGCUGCUUCUGUGCCCUUUCCAGAACAUUGUCUCUGGCAACAGCUGGCUACAAGACAUCCACGAUACUCUUUAACAAUAUGCAUUUCAGCAUCUUUCGAGCUCCAAUGUCCUUCUUCGAUUCCACUCCAAGUGGACGAAUCCUCAAUCGAGCUUCUACUGACCAAACGGCUGCGGAUUUAAGAAUGGCAAUCCUUCUCGGGGCUGUGGCUAACUUGAUAACGGAGCUGUUUGGAAUUAUAGCAGUAAUGUCACAAGUUGCAUGGCAGGUCUUCAUCAUUUUUAUCCCAGUGAUUUCAAUAUCCAUUUGGUUGCAGCAAUAUUAUAUAUCAUCUGCACGAGAACUAUCGAGAUUGAUUGGAGUCUCUAAAGCUCCAGUUAUACAGCACUUUUCUGAGACGAUAUCAGGAUCCAGUACAAUUAGAUGUUUUGAUCAAGAAGUUAGAUUCCAGGAUACAAGCAUGGCACUGAUUGAUGCUUAUUCUCGCCCGAAUUUUCAUAAUGCUGCAGCAAUGGAGUGGCUUUGUGUCCGCAUAGAUGCUCUGGCUCUUAUCACUUUUACCUUGUCAUUGUUAUUCUGGGUGUCAGUCCCAGAGGGAACAAUUGAUCCAAGUGCGGCUGGCUUAGCAGUAACAUAUGGCCUUAAUAUGAACUUCAUACAGUGUAUGGUUGUAUGGGUCAUUUGCAAUACGGAGAACAAGAUCAUAUCAAUAGAGAGGAUGUUCCAGUACAUGGGUAUUCUUAGUGAGCCUCCACUUGUCAUUGCAUCGAAUAGGCCAGACGUCCACUGGCCAUCACUAGGGCAAAUUGAUCUUCAUGAUCUUCAGGUCCGAUAUGCGCCGCACUUGCCACUGGUGUUAAGAGGGCUUACAUGCACUUUCUUGGGAGGGAAAAAGACAGGCAUUGUAGGGAGGACAGGAAGUGGUAAAUCAACACUCAUACAAACACUGUUUCGGAUGGUUGAACCUGUUGGUGGAGAAAUAAAGAUAGAUGGCAUCAAUAUCUCCUCAAUCGGUCUUCAUGAUUUACGCUCCCGAUUGAGUAUUAUUCCACAGGAUCCAACCAUGUUUGAGGGAACAGUGCGCAAUAAUCUGGAUCCACUUAAUGAGUACAAUGAUGAACAGAUUUGGGAGGCUCUGGAUAAAUGCCAGCUUGGAGAUGAAGUUAGGAAAAAGGAAGGGAAGCUUGAUUCUGCAGUUUCAGAAAAUGGAGAGAAUUGGAGUGUGGGACAACGGCAAUUGGUGUGUCUGGGGCGAGUUCUGCUAAAGAAAAGCAAGGUUCUGGUGCUUGAUGAGGCCACAGCAUCGGUUGAUACAGCAACUGAUAAUAUGAUUCAGCAAACUCUGAGGCAGCAUUUCCAUGAUUCCACUGUCAUUACAAUUGCACACCGAAUAACGUCCGUGUUAGACAGUGACAUGGUCUUACUACUUGAUCAAGGUCUGAUUCAAGAGUAUGAUUCUCCAUCAAACUUACUGGAAGUCACUACCUCGGAUUUUGCUAAGCUUGUAGCUGAAUACAGCAUGAGGUCUACAAAAUGA